GAAAAUAAUACCCUGCGAGAACUUCAAAACUCAGUGUAAAUAUAUCCUUCCGGAGUGAGUGCGUCUCAUCACAAUGAAUCCGCUCACCAAAGUAAAACUCAUCAAUGAGCUGAAUGAAAAAGAGGCUCAACUUGAUGUCAAAGACACUGUGUCCUGGCAUUCAGUCUACAAGGACAGCGCCUGGAUCUUUAUCGGUGGGCUUCCAUAUGAGCUGACAGAAGGAGACAUCAUCUGUGUUUUCUCUCAGUAUGGAGAGAUUGCCAACAUCAAUUUGGUGCGAGAUAAAAAGACGGGCAAAUCCAAAGGAUUCUGCUUCCUGUGCUAUGAAGAUCAAAGGAGCACCAUUCUGGCUGUGGAUAACUUCAAUGGAAUCAAGAUUAAGGGCCGAACCAUACGUGUGGACCAUGUAUCAAAUUAUCGACCACCCAAGGACAAUGAAGACAUUGAUGAUGUCACUAAACGUUUGCGAGAAGAAGGAUGCGCUCCCAAAGUCCCCCUACCUUCCUCCUCUGAGUCAGAGACUGAGCAAGAAUAUGCUGUACCUGUGAAAAAAACAAAAAAAGAUAAAAAGGAGAAGAAAAAAAAGAAAAAGGAGAAGAAAGAGAAGAAAAAAGCAUUAAAGGAAGAGAAACAUGAGGCACGGACUGAGCCGUCAGCAUCAUCUCCAAUAAGGGUGAAGAAGGAGAAGGAGGACACGGCAUAUGAGAAGUAUGCCACGAAAGCACCGGCGGGAAGCAGAAGGGACAGACCAGGACAAGACUUCAGGAACCCACAAGACAGAGCAGAUGAGGUGGACAGAUUCAGAGAUAGGCAUGGAGGUGAGAGGGAAAGGGAUAGAGAAGAAUACAAAAAGACAGACAGAAACAGAGAGGAUAAAAGACACGAGGACACACGACAGUUAGACAGGGAGGGAGACAGAGACAGAGGAAGAGGUGUUGAUAGAGAGAGAAAUGAGGAUAGAGAGCGAGAACGAGACAGAGAGCGUGAGAGAGAAAGGGAACGUGAUAGAGACAGGGAACGAGAGAGAGACCGGGAUAGAGAAAGAGAGAGAGACAGAAAGGAGCGAGACAGGGGAAACGACCGAGGGUUUGCCAAACACAGAGAUCACAGUCGUGAAAGAGAACACAGGCGAAAUUGAGCAGAGAUGGUAAUUUAACUUUUUUUGAGGGGAACAAAAUGGACUUUUUGUUUGUUUGUGUGCAUCAGAAAUGUAAAUAAAUGUUUAGCAUUUUUAAACAUCUGUCUGCAUAAUUGCUAUCUGGCAUUACAUUACACACAGUACACUCAUUUGAUAAAUAAACUCACAUUUUAUUUGAACAUAAA